AUGAGUCACAUGAUCUGUGGUACCCAACAGAGACCAACCAUACAGUCUGGUGACAUGGACUUGACUUCUAUGUCACCCAUACAGGCGGAAACAUCAGGAGGAGCAGAGCAACAGACUAUGAAAGUCUAUCUCCGAGUCAGACCUUUUUCCAAAGAGGAGCUAUCUGACAAAGAGGAUCAGGAUUGUGUAGUGAUAGAAAACGAUCAAAUGGCGACGCUGCAGGCCCCGAAAGGUUCUGCCACCUUGAAAUGCAGUGAAAGGGGUAUCGGCACAUCUGUACACAAAUUCUCAUUUUCCAAGAUUUUUGGACCAGAGACAACCCAGGCUGAGCUCUAUGACCACACUGUCAGCAGCCAAAUGUCUGAUUUCCUAGAUGGAAAGAAUGUGUUGAUCUUCAGCUAUGGUGUCACCAAUGCUGGAAAAACAUUCACAAUCCAAGGAACUUCAAAAGAGCCAGGAAUAUUGCCUCGAGUGUUGGAUGCCACCUUUCAGUACAUCUCAGGGCGCCAGUAUGAGGGCAUGGACAUGAAGCCCUACCUCAGGAAUGAUGCACGUUGUCUGGAUAUUGACCAAGUCAAGCAGGAGAAAAGUGCGAAAGCUGCCAUUUUUGCAUCAUUUAAAGAGGAAUGUGAUCCCCUUAGACCCAGCAAUGGGUCAGACUCCUUGCCCUGUUCUGGGCCUGAUCUCUCCUCUUCCUCUGACUGUCAAUCGGAUGAAGGGAGCACCCAGUUUGCUUUAUGGGUUGCAUUCUUUGAAAUCUACAACGAGUACAUCUACGAUCUCCUUCAACCGUCCUUCUGCUCCAAGUCCAAGAAACGCACUGCUCUUCGCAUUUGUGACGACGGCGCUGGCAACGCUUAUGUCAAAGAUCUUCGAUGGAUUAACAUCCAGAGUUUGUCUGAAGCCAGCAAGCUACUGCAAUUUGGCAACAAAAACCGAAGUGCUGCGGCCACCAAGAUGAACCAGUCCUCCAGCAGAAGCCACAGCAUAUUUACCAUGAAGCUGCUGAAGAUGAAGUGCAACACAGUUAAAAGGAUCUCAGAGUUUUCUCUAUGCGACUUGGCUGGCUCCGAAAGAUGCAACAAAACCAAAACCUUUGGGGAGAGGCUAAAGGAAGCAGGAAAUAUUAACAACUCUCUCCUCAUUCUGGGGAAGUGCAUCAAUGCCCUGCGCAACAAUCAGACUGACAGAAUGAAGAGCAGCUACAUCCCUUUUCGAGAGAGCAAGCUCACCAAGCUCUUCCAGGCGGUUUUCUGUGGCAAAGGAAGAGCUUCAAUGAUUGUCAACAUUAACCAGUGUGCUUGUACAUAUGAUGAGACACUUCAUGUCAUGAAGUUCUCUGCUGUAGCGAAACGGGUGGUGCAGGUGAUCCCAGACAAGCCUCUGCAAUCACUGUCUCAGUGUCUGGUGGCGCCGAAUGGCAAAUCUCUCGUGAGGAAUGGUGUGAUCGACAGGCAGGCCUUGGAGAGCUAUUUGUCAGAAGAUGAGCUGCUGAAUGAGGACGACGACGACAUGACAUUACUGACACAGAACGAGCUACUUGACACGCUUGAAAGCCUCCGAACAAAACUGCUGGCUGCGCGAAGACAAAAUGUGGAGCAGGAGAUAGAGAUCCGUAAGGAAAUGGGCGACGCCAUGUUACAGCAGAUCAUGGAAAGCGAGGAACUCCGCAGCCAACAGAUUGAAGAGCUGAAGGAGUGCUACCAAGAAAAACUGGAGAACACUUUUGAGAUGUAUAAGGAUGCUAUAAAAGAGCAUGCUUACAAAAGUGCCUUGAGCAACCUAGAAGAUGACUAUGUGCCUCUUGACGAGUUCACUGCAGAGCAAGAGAAAGUCGAGGUCCUCAAGCGACAGCUUUCACAGUUGACAUCUGGUACCAGUGUGUGCACAGUUGCGACUGUGGAAGUAUCACGUCAGUGUCGACCAUUAAAAGACUUUGAAGCUGCAGCGGAGGAACGUUUAAAACGUCUCUACAGGGAGAAAAGUGCCAUAGAACGGAUGUGUGAGGACAAGCAACAGUUGAUAUUGUCCAUGGAGAGACGACUGAUUGAACUUAGUGAAACUCUUCAGAAGGUUCGAGACAGCUUCUUGGAGAAAUCCGCUGAACUUGAGGUUCUUCAGGUGAAGAGCCAAGAUCAGAUGAAAUCAAUGCAGGAAAUUAUAUCCCAGUCCUUGGAAAAGGACAAGGAAAUAGCUUCCUUAAAGGCAGAAAUCUCCAAGUUCACUCCAAGGACACCUGUGCAGGUCAAAACCAAGAAGAGUUUUCUCGCCAACAUCAAGGAAGCGGUUAAAUCUCCUCAUAAGACCGGAAGCCGGAAACUCAGGAGUACUGCUAGGACCCCAAACCACUGA